AUGGCUAGAGGCAACCAUUCUGAAGUCACUGAAUUCAUUCUCUUGGGACUCACCACCCAUCCAGAGCUAAAGGUUGUCUUCUUCUUCAUUUUUCUCAUCAUAUAUUCUGUCAGUGUUGUGGGAAAUCUUGGUCUGAUCCUACUUAUCCAGGUCAGUUCACACCUUCACACACCCAUGUACUUCUUCCUUAGUCACUUGGCAUUUGUGGAUUUUUGUCUUACUUCUGCCAUUACCCCCAACAUGCUGGUUAACUUUGUGCAAAAAAUCAAUGUUAUUUCUUUCUAUGCAUGUGCCAUCCAGGUGUAUUGUUUCAUUUCAUUUGUAACUUCAGAGAUGUUUCUCUUGGCUGUGAUGGCCUAUGAUCGCUAUGUAGCCAUAGGUAAUCCCUUGCUCUACACUGUUGCAAUGUCAGGCAAACUCUGUUGGCAACUUGUCAUAGUUCCCUAUGUAUACUGCUUCUCUGUAGCAGUUUUCCAAACUAUCAUCACAUUCCAGUUUUCAUACUGUGCCUCUAAUGUUAUUAACCACUUCUACUGUGAUGACGUUCCACUCUUGGCCCUCUCUUGCUCAGAUACUCAUGUUAAAGAAAUCUUGAUAUUUGCCUUUGCUGGAUUUGAUAUGAUCUGCUCUUUGUUAAUUGUCAUCAUCUCCUAUGUCUUCAUCAUUGCUGCCAUCUUGCGAAUUCGCUCAACAAAAGGUAGACUGAAGGCUUUCUCCACCUGUAGUUCCCACAUGAUGGCUGUCACCAUUUUUUAUGGCACUCUCAUCUUUAUGUACUUGCAGCCACGAUCUAACCACUCUCUGGACACAGAUAAAAUGACAUCAGUGCUUUAUACCACAUUGAUUCCCAUGUUGAACCCCCUAAUUUACAGCUUGCGGAACAAGGAGGUAAAAGAGGCUGUCAGGAAAAUCCUGGGAAAUAUACCUAUAUCUAUAGCCACUUCAAAUUUGGUUCUCCAAAGAGGCAAAGGAGCAAAAUGGUUUUUGAGUAAGAGGCCUCCUGCUGUGCAGGCCAUCAGUUGGGGACAGUUAGAAGGGUAUUGA